AUGGCUGGUCUUCAAAGUCAAUACAAGGUCAUUUCGACCACUGAGUAUUUAGGCACCAGGGUUGAGGUCCUUGAAGGAGAUUUGUUAAAAUAUCCGGUCGAUGUGAUUGUCAAUGCUGCGAAUGUUAGGUUGAAAAAGGGAAGUGGUAUUGAUGGGGCGAUUCAUGCCGCAGCUGGUGCAGAACUUCAAACUGAAAUGAACGAGCUAUUUCCGCAUCCAGGACAAGUGGGUGCAGCUUAUGGAACGACACAUUCUUGGAAUAUUAGAUCUUGCAGAUAUAUUAUCCAUGCUAUUGGUCCGAAUUGGAAUAUAGCAAAUCAGCGAGAUGGAAAACUUUUGUUGACCGCUUUUCGGAAAAGUCUAGACCUUGCGAUGGAAAACAAGCUGAGAUCCAUUGCAUUUCCAGGAAUUUCGAUGGGCAUCUUUGCAAUGCCAAAAGAUCUAGCAGGAUUAAUGAUAAUGACCGCCAUUAGAACAUGGAUCAAGGAGCACCAGGGAGAAAUGGAUCGCAUUAGUAUAUUGCUACUUGGGUAUUCAGAAAAUGAUAUAGUAGAGACGCAGUUGCACGAAAUCACUCGAUAUAUGCCAGAUACGGGUUCUAAUCUGGAUCAAAAAGUACCCGCAGCUUUCGGAAAAAAGCCUCAUGCUACUACAGCACCAGCACCUCUUCCAAUCACGACAACCAGCGGGCCUCCACCUGACCCGAAAAUUCCCAGCCCUUUCUCUGAAGAUUCGGGUCAAGUUGAGACUCCAGACCCUAAAACUGACCAAUCAGCUUCACCAACACCUCCUCCGGUUACGACAACGAGUGAAUUUCCUGCUGUCACUACAGCUGCUGAAGCUCCUCCAUUACCACCAUCUAGAACUCUUCCACCCGGCUCUCGUCCACCUGGAGACCCAGCUGUACCUCCCCCAGGACCUGAAGGCGCGCGUGCUGAGACUCCAAGCGAUUCCGAAGAUGAACCACCCAAUUAUCUCCUCAAUUUCUACGAACCACUAUCACACAUGUGGAUGGGAAGCGAUCGUUAUUACGCAUUGUUGGAAGCGGGAAUCGACCCCGAAACCUUCUACGAAGGAAUGAUUAUUCCUGAUCCCGAAGAAGAUCCCAAUGUAGAUCCCCUCAUUGGCGAAGAAAGAGAUUUCUGGAGAGAAUAUAACGCCGAGAGACUCCGUCGAGGAAAAGAAAUUAGUCAAGCUUUAGGAUUGCCACUGACGGCUGCAGAAACGGCGGAUGAUGAUGUCGGAGCCCUGAAGAUAGCUAAGGAGAAAAGUAUAUCUGACACUCAAGCACUCAUGAGAACAAAAACUGCAGUUCGCGAUGAAUUAAUUAUAAAUGAGGGGACAACUAACUGUACUGCUCUUACAGAACGUGGAUUCCCAUGUCUUUUUCGUGGCUAUACCGCGAUAUGGCGCAAGCAUGAUGUCCCUGAUCGGUGUAGCUUACAUCAGGAUCUGGAGAAAUAUCCGCGGGCUUGA